AUGUUCAAUCGCGGUACUCACCUCUCGUGUUUUGCAGCAUUUUCCAAUCCUCCAGGGAGAUUUCUUAUUCGUUCCUAUCCAGAUUAUUUCAUCAGUUACAUCUGCUUUUUGGCAGCUUCUGGUUUUCGUUCUUCUUUUAUGACCGUCUAUCAUCCUUUUUCCUUUUAUCUAUCAUUUAUUUCCUCGGAAUUCUUCAAUAACAGAAAGAAAAUAGAAGACGGACAUGAUUUUAAUUUCUUCUUUCUAAUAAAUAAACCUGAACGUCAAUCAGUUAUUACUUCUCCAAUCUUCCUCUCUUUCCCCCUCUGUUUGUCUUCCUUACUCCUUCUAUCUUUUCUCCUGCCUCUCACUUUCUCUCGCUUUUCUCUCUCUCUCUCUCUCUCUCUCUUUUCUUUCUCUCUCUCUCUCUCUCUGCUUCUUAUCUACUUUAGCGAUACAAACACCUGCCAAUCUGAUAUUCUUUCUUACUUUCUUUCUUUCUUUCUUUAUUUAUUUCUAUAUAUCUCCCUUUUCUCUUUCUCUCACUCUCUCUCUCUCUCUCUCUCUAUCUCUUUCUCUCUCUUUAUUAACUUGUCCCUUUUCGUUUAA